GAAAUGAGCUGGUGGUGGUGGACAGGAGCUAUAGGUGCAGCCAAGAAAAGAAUUGAUGAAGACGAUGCUCCUCCUAAAUACAAAAGCGUGGCGCUUGUGAUCGGCGUGACAGGAAUCACAGGUAACAGCCUAGCCGAAAUCCUCCCCCUCUCUGACACCCCCGGCGGACCUUGGAAGGUCUAUGGCGUCGGACGGCGUCCCCGUCCUUUCUGGAAAUCAGAUUACCCUGUCGAUUAUGUCCAGUGCGAUGUCUCCGACGCCAUUGACGCCGCUGCCAAGCUCUCUCCUAUUGCCGGCGAGAUGACCCACAUAUUCUACACCGCAUGGGUCCACCGAUCUACGGAGAUCGAAAACUGCGCCGUUAACGGUGCCAUGUUCCGGAAUGUUCUAAAUGCUGUGAUCCCGAACGCACCCAAUCUUCGGCACAUCUGUUUACAAACCGGCCGGAAGCAUUACAUGGGACCAUACGAUCUAUGGGGGAUAAUACAGCCUCACGAACCUCCAUUUUACGAAGCUCUUCCUCGAUUGGAUUGUCCGUCUUUCUAUUACACUCAAGAAGACAUUCUAUUCGAGGAAGUCUCAAAGGUAGACGGGCGAAUAACGUGGUCGAUUCACCGGCCGGGAGUAAUCUUCGGUUUCUCUCCUUACAGCUUCAUGAACUUGAUAGGGUCGCUCUGUGUAUACGCCACGAUCUGCAAGCACGAGGGUCUUCCAUUAAAGUUUCCUGGAUCGAAGGAAUCAUGGGAUGGUUAUUACGAUGUUUCCGAUGCUGAUUUGAUUGCGGAGCAUCAUAUUUGGGCGGCGGUGGAUCCUUACGCGAAGAACGAGGCAUUUAAUAUCACCAAUGGCGACUUGUUAAAAUGGAAACAUCUGUGGAAGAUUCUAGCGGAGCAAUUCGGUGUAGAGGAAGCGGAGUUUGAGGAAGGAUUCAGUCUGGAGGAAGCUAUGAAAGGGAAGGAAGGAGUUUGGGAAGAGAUAGUGAGAGAGAAGAAACUUGCGGACAUGAAGUUGAACGAGGCCGGGAAUUGGUGGUUCGUUGAUGCUAUAUUCAGUGGGCAAAUGCCUCUGGACUCCAUGAACAAGAGCAAAGAGCACGGGUUUAGGGGUUUCAGAAACAGUCAAAAAUCUUUCAUUUCUUGGAUUGAUAAGAUGAAAGCAAACAAGAUUGUGCCUUGAUAUCACUCUAUAUACUCUUUAUAAGAAUUUAAACAAAAUUGGGGAUCUUGUGCUAGAUUCUCAUGAUAUUAAUUGGGUGUAUGUGUGCAACUUGGUUUGAACAACCACUUUAUUAAAUAAUUAUAAUGAAAAUUAU